AUGGCCUCGUACUGCGAGGUGUGCCAAGGCCUGUACGACAUUCCUCACCCGCACUUGCGACUGCAGCGCUCGCCAUUGUCGCCGCCGCCGUGGAAGCGCGGUAACCGGAACCCAGUUUGUCCGUCAUCAUUGCCACCCGAGCGGAGAGGCAGCGGGGGAAUCCGCGGUAGCCGCGGCCUGUCGUGGCCUCGCGUCGCAAGCCGCCAGCGCGAAACCCCACACGCGUUGCGGUCGCCUUUCCUGGAGGCCCGGGGCAGCGGUCGCGACUGCGUUGGCCCUUACGUGUGCCCUCGCCAGCAGCGGCGAAGCGCCUCCAUGCCAGCAGUGCCUGACUCCUACACCGCCUCGGCCUCACACGCGGCUUCACAUUCCUCCCCUUCUCUCGGAAGGCGCGUGUCACCCGGCGCGGAUGGCGGCGUGGGGUGCGGCGACGAACAGGACGUCCGCCAUCGCUGCUCGACAUCCCUUCGACCUCCGAUGCCUGCCUUCGCAGCCGCCGGGCGAAGAGGCUCUCCCUUCAUAGAGCGGUACUGCGAAGACACCUACUGUAGCCAGCGCCGCGCAGACGGCAACCCGCCCCAGCUGGAUUACCUGCGCCGUGGGGCCGGGCAUGUCUGCACGUAUAUGUCUCCUUACGAUGACGGCGAAGGCGAUGGAGAACGGAUCAGUCUGACGCCCGACGGCGGCGACACGGCUUUUACGUCUUCCUCGUUCUCGCCCUGCGCGCCGGCGGAUGCGCGUCACCAUCGCUGCGCCAGCGCGGGGAGACCGCUGCACGUGUGCCGCGCGUCAUCUCUUUUCCCCUGCGACGACCUGGGGCGCGGUGGCGAGCUCGGUAGCCGCAUACCACACCACUCUUCCUCGUCGCGUAGCCUUGAGAAUGCGACUCGCUAUGCCUCUGAACGCGACGCACGGCCGCGAUCGCGUCGUGACACCAGUGCUGAUCACCCUUCCCGGCGAAUAUCCCCGGCCGUCGAUGGAGGUGAUCGUCGCGGUACGCACAUGCCGUCGGUGCACAACGACACAGGUUCUGGCGAACCGUCUUCCUCGAAGCGACUGCCGCUGCUGCCGACGGCGGCAUCGAUGACGCCGGCAUCUUCUUUUGCGGGCCUCACCCUCGACGCUGAACAACGUGCUCAGGCAUCGGCCAGUUUUGAGGCACCCCUGCACUUCAGCAGACACGGUGAUGCGGCGUGGCAGCCUGCGGCCUCGGCUGGUCCACUGCCGUCUCGCGCUCGUGACUCUCUGGCGAACCUCGUCGCCAAGAUACGAGCGGAAGUCAGCAAAGACGUGACUUCACGGGCCACAAGAGCGCCCAGCAACGAUCCACUUCUCAGCCCCGCGGAUGCGAAGCCUUGGGCAACGGCAGAGGAUAAGAGACAAAGACACCGCUGUGCAGCGAAGCCGCAGGAGCAGGGCUACGCUCCAGGUGCGACGUCGUACGCGGAGCAGACCUCCGCCGCUCAGGCUACAGCGUCGUCGCUCCUGUCUUCGUCCGCCGUGUCGACGGGAGCAGAGGGGACCGCCGCCUUUCAUGUGCUGGCCGCUCGACGGUCAUUCAGUGCUGGCGACAACCGCGGCUCGCAUGCUUACCGGCCUUCCGCUGCUCCUCCAGCGGCCAGUGGUCAGGCUCGCAGCGCACGGUCGCAUCGACGGCGCAGCAGCACUGCAGAAUACUGUCACCCGUCCCGGCCGCGGCACUCUGCGUCAUUGUCCCUGUCAGCGUGUUCGACCCGGUCAUCGUCCUCUUCGGUGCAUCUCCGCCACACUGUGAGGAGGGCCGAGGCGGUCCUAGGCCGACUGAGGGGCAGAUCACACAGCAAUGGCGGCAGUCGUGCGCCAUCGCCCGCUGCAAAGACGACGACGAGGGGAUUCGUGGGCAACUCGCUCGCUGAUGACGCCGCUGCUGCUGGUGCAACAACCGUCCAUGGUCGACGGAAUACCUCGGCGCACUCUUCUGCACACGGAAAGGACUGCGCAAGGUUGCAGAGUGGCAGGGGACGUCGCCGCCACUCUGCCCCUCCUCUGCCCUCUCGACCUCAUACGACACGUGUGCCAUCCCGCCGAUCUUCUCUUUCAGCUCCCACCGAUGCGUUCUCGACGGAGAGUCCAGGCGCGCCCCAGCGAGUGCAUCCACCUGAUCGGGCUGCAAGGAAGGCGACAAGGGACGUGGGGCAGGCGAGAGAUGAUGCGUCGGCGGCUAUGGAAACGGUGGCUGAGUCACGCCGGGAGCAGGAGAUGUGGCGCGCCACGCAGGAGCACCGGAUCGAGCGGCUACGCGAAGGUCUGUCGGCGCUAUGCACGGCCGUCCGCAAAGACCUUCAGAAGGUGCGUGACGAGGUGGGCCGGGUGCGUGACGAGGUGGGCCGGGUGCGUGCCGCGGGCAAUGGUACGGCGGACGACACUCAAAAACGAAUGCGUGGGGCAUUGGCGACCGCAUUGCGGUCCAACUCGCCCGAUGAGCGUGCGACGCACGCAAGAAGACGGGAGGUGGACUUUCAUCCGAGCUCCGUCGUGGCAGCCGUGACACAGUGCACGCCGGCGGAGCAGCGCCGUCUUGCCAUGCUGCUUUUGCCUCACUUUCGACCGCUGCUGGCGGACCUGGUCCAGAGUGAGGUGCAGUGCCAGCUCCGCCAGCACCGCGACGAGCAGCAAGAGGCGCAGCACGAACUUGAGCAGCGCUUGCACACAUACGUUGGGGAAGCGGUGGUGUCUCAUCAGGGCCGUACACGCGCCAACGAGACCUUAGGCAGUGAAGGCAUCGCCACCGCCCCCUUCUGGGCAACCUUCUCUUCGGCGGACGCCUUCGACGCACACCUCCGCUCUGCCACUCGCGCGGUGCUGCUCGAAGAGGACGACCGAAGGUAUAGUCUGGCGAACGAGAACGAGCGCCGGCAUGAGCGGCGCGUUCAGAAGCUGAAGCAGGGCUGGCAAGAGACGCUGAAAACCGCACAAGCGGAGUGGAAGGCUGAGUGGAAGGCCAUUUUGGAGAAGGAGGCGAAUGCGUGGACAUGCCGUGCCCAGGCAUCGCUGCAGCAGCAGGCCGACAUGCUUCAGGACAUUGUAAAGGCCCUCACACGCGACGUGACACACCUGCAGGAGCAGCAGGAGGCGCUCUCCGCGCGCCUCUCGACCAGUUUGCGACAUGAGCGGGAAGUGCGAGUGCAGGAGCAGACGCAGCUCACCGAGCGUGUUGAGCAGCGUGUGCGGCAACUGCUACCGCGUGAGGCCGAGUCGGCCUGCGUGCGAUUCCAUGCGUUGCGAGAGCAACGGCUCGCAGCUGCAGCUUCACGAGGUACUUUAACCGAACUGACCACUCCCGGGGCAUCGCGCCGGAGUGCGACACCCACGACCAGCGCUGCUGCUGCGGCCGCUGCGCCAUCAUCUGCAGAGGAGCUUCGCUUGUCCAUCGUGCAACCGGCCAUGGAGCACAUGCGGCGUCUGCUCGUGUUGCACCAAGAGAUGAUCGACGCGACGGUUGAGGCUCGUUGCCGUCGCGCUGAGCACACGGUGGAGGGGAAUCGGCACGUGUGGUCGCAGAACGUGGCGGAGCUGCGGUCUAAGCUCUCGGCGCUGCGCGCCGACGUGCGUGGUGCCUUGGGCGAGUUGUGCGAGAACCUCAACGUAGCCUCGCCAGCCCUUUGA